AUGAUUAGUGCACUGAGCUGAGAGGUUAAAACAGCCAAUGAAGUGCUUCUGAAGCAAACCCUAUAUGGAAAGAACUAUUGGGUAAAAUUUGGUCAUAAAAUGGGCAACCAACAGUUAAAAAAUACAUUUGGGAGCUUUAAAUAUGAUUCUUCAGAAUCCAAAAUCGUUUUAAAAUAUUUUACUCAUUCAUUCUUUGGUAAAUCGUUGUGAACGACUAUAAAUUUCUUGAAUUUUUUUAAGCCUUCUUUAAAAGCAUAG